AUGAGUUACAACUGAGACCAUUCAUUCAAUGUGCGAAUCAUGGCAACGAGACGGAGCCUACUUAGAUUUUUGACAUUUCUAGUGUUUACACUGUGUUCUGCUUCAGCGGAAAAUAACGAACCAAAUCUGGGUUUCGGAUUAGAGUUGAUUUUGACCAAGCUGGAACAGUUGGAGCUCAAACUGGUAGCACUAGAACAACAAAAUCAAUUGCUUGUCGAACUACUGAACAAGCCUUGCUCGAAGGUUAUUCAUAAAGAUACGACAAUUUCAAAGCAAAUUGAUCCACCGAGUUCUCUGAUCGUCACUGAUGAAUUGACUGAUGAGAACGAAAUUUACUCAUCGUGUUCCAAAGUUCCGUUCGUGAAACCGGGAAAAUAUUUGCUCAAGCCAACAGAAACGUCGGAACCUUUCUACGCGUUUUGUGACGAAAAUGCCAAUGGCAAGGGUUGGAUGGUAAUUCAAAGGCGCUUCAAUGGCACGGAGAUAUUCUAUCGAAAUUGGACGGAUUACAAGACGGGGUUCGGUAGUUUGGAUGGAGAAUUUUGGUUUGGACUCGAUCGUAUUCAUCUUUUCACAAGUACCCGGAAACAUGAGAUAAGGUUCGACUUAAUGGACUUCAAAGGAACUAGCAUAUAUGCUAUAUACAAUGCAUUCCUUAUAGGAAGCGAAGAGGAGGGAUACGCGAUCAAGAAGUUGGGGUUGUUCAUCGGAAACCACGGAGAUUCAUUUGAGUUUCAUAAAGGAAUGAAAUUCACUACUUUCGAUCGCGACAAUGAUCAAUUUGAAACUAAUUGUGCCGUACAGUACCAUGGCGCAUGGUGGUAUAAGAAUUGCUAUAAAAGCAACCUCAACGGAAAAUAUACACGCAGCAACGAUCAUCAGUCCAUGUGCUGGAACACAUUCCAACAUGGCCAAGGCUUACAGCUGUCCAAGAUUAUGAUACGAGAAGUUUGAGUCAUUAGGAAUUUCUCGGCCUGCCUUGGACUUGCCAUAUAUGGAGAGCACCACUUCCUUGCAUCCUUAGUGGAAAUAUGACUUGGUGGCUACCAAAAUCCAAGCCAGUCUUCAGCGAACGUAAAUCGUGAAUAAAACAAUAGACGUUCUUUGCCGUCUACUGAAACCUGA